AUACCUGAGGGCAAAUAGAAAAUGCUAGUCGAAAUUAUCCAAAUUUUCAGUGGAGUCAGAGAGGUGUCGAAGUUAUCCAAAAUGCCAAAAUAGAUAAAACGGAAAAGGGGGAAAAACAAUAAAAUACAUUAAAAUGGCAGUUGCCGCUGCCGUGCACGGCAAUUACCUCCCGGCCAAAUUCCGGCGUUUCACUCGAACAACACUCUCUCAACUCACCUCGCUGCCGCCGCCGCCGCCGCCUCCGCCGCCAUUAUUCAUCUCAACAAACCCUAACGACGUUAACCCUACACACCUCAAAAACCUCUAUUCUAUAUGUAACCAUUCAUCCCACCGUUUUCCGAAACUGAAUUCCGACGGUAAAGUCGAACCGGUGGAUAUUGACAAGCUGAAAAAAGCGUUAGUUCAUAGUUACGUCGUCGUUUCGGUGUUUACCCGAUCCGAAUUUGUACCCGAAUACGAGUCGGGGCGAGUAUUCGGGUCGGGUGGAGAUUGGAUUGGGAAAGUGGUGCCGGUAACGCCGGGGAAUGGGGAAUUGGUUGGGUUUGGACGUGCUGUUUCUGAUUGUGGAUUGACUGCUGCUAUCUAUGAUGUUAUGGUUAGAUUAAAUGUCAUCCCUUCACUACGGAGAAGAGGCAUCGGCAGGAAGAUAGUUCAAAGGAUACUAAGGAUUCUUGUGAACAGAGACAUAUAUGACAUAGCAUCCCUUUGUUCUGAUCAACAGAAGCCCUUUUUCAGAGCAUGCGGAUUUGGAGAUGAUAUACUGGCAUCGACUACAAUGAUGUAUACUAGGUCUGCUUCUACCCAUGCGGAGGGUGAGCAGAUGGUAAAGUCUGCUGGUAGAAAACUUCUACUAGUUCCAUCACUAAGUGGGAACCUUAAAAUAUAAUCUGUAUUUUCAUGAUCGGUAAUGCCAACAGAUCGAGCUGGAAAUUCUUGAUGUUACUCCCACGAGACUUGACAACUGCAAUUGUCCUUGUAAUGUUGUAUAUCAGUUUCAUUUGGGGAGCUUCCUUGUCCUCCCUCAUUCUGUCUUAUUGUUAGGAAUAUGUCGUUCCAAAUAUCUGAAGGAAAAAAUCAUCAGAAUGGCCAUGAAGGCAAAACGUAAUUGUCUUGCCAAGACAAAGUAGACAGAAGAAAGAGUGGACAAGCUAAAGCUGGAAGGUGAUGCAUGCUUAUUGAAUAGGGCUGAACCAUGUUAAAUCUGUCAUUUUUCAGAUGUUAUCAAUGUGUACAGUAAAUCUCUAUUCUUAGGUGUAUUAUUGUAAUUGCAAUACAGCUUUGAACGAACAUAUAUUGCACUUUCUUAUGGUCCCUGAAUCAGUUUUUUUC